GGUAAUGUAGGUGAGACUAAAGGUAGUGGUGAUGGUACUGAUGAUAUUGAAGGCAAUGUAGCUCCUCGGGAAGGUGCUAAUGCAAUGACAGGUGAUGGACUAGGGUUGGGUGCAUCGACUUGGGACGGGGCAGAAGUGGCUGUAGGUGCAAUAUUGUUUGUAUGGGCAUGUAUAUUCUCAGCACCUGCAGAUGAAGGUAUAGGUGAAGAAACCAUGAAAUCUGGCAGAGACAAAGAGAAAGAGAAUGAUCGCUGCAUCAGUUCGCAUAUGCAGACCCUCCAUCGCCGUCUUCUCCACGCCCUAAACCUUGGCACCAGACAUUUUGAUGAGAAGACAAAUAGAUCGAGGUGGCAGUGCGCCAACAUUGAAGUGCAGAAAAAUGUACUACGAUCAACUGGUGCGUUUCUUGAUUCCUUAUCGGGAGAUGCACGUGCAGCACGUCAUGCUGUUGUCAAGGAAUCUGUUCCUGAUAUUUUGGGAGCAUUAUUAUGGAUUCUUCAAUGCAAAAGUGAGGCCUUAUUAAGCAUGGCAUCAAAAGUUACGGUUAAGUUAGUUAGUGUUCUACCUAUUCCAUUAUUGCAAUCACAACAUAUGUUGGAUCUUGUUUAUUGUCUAUCAUCCUUGCUAUCUUCACAUCAAGUAGAAGUUGCUAUACCCUGUGCUACCGCUUUGAAGUUGGUAAUCUCAAAUUUGAGUGCUACUAGUGAGAAGGAAGUUAUGGAAGCAUUGAAAGAAACAGAGGCUUCCAUUCAAAUUGUUGGAAACAUAAAAGAUUUUGCUGAAGGUGCAAAGAAAAUUGAAUAUUUUGAAGAGAUGACUUUACUUUUGAGCACUAUACUGUGGCGCUGGCCUCCGUCUAGGUUUCCUAUUUGUAAUGACGUAAUACUUAUGAAAGUUUUAGCAAACAUCCAAUCAAGGACAAAUAGUUCUAUUAAACUUGCGCUUUUAAAGUUGUACACAUCUUUAGCUUUAUGUGAUUCUGUAGCAAGAAAACUUAUAGAGGAUGGAGAAGUAUUUCCACAAAUGUUUGUGCAGGCAAUGGGAAAAUCAAACCCUCAUGCUGUUCGGAUUGAGGGGUUUAGGCUUGCUCAAUGUCUAUUGAGAUCCCAAGAUAAUUGUUUAAAAGUCAUUGGUUUGUGUGGUGAAGCUCUUGUUGGGGCCAUAAUUUGUGGAAUGAGAGAAACUGGGCUGAGUUCUAAAAAAAUUGGGAACAACCAUGGGUCUUUGUCAGCGGAAGCAUGCCAGUUGGCUCUAAUAACUCGCUGGGCAGGUGAUCAUCAUACAAAUUUCUGGAAACAAGGAAUUGAUAGGGUUCUCCUUAAUCUUCUGAUUGAAAAUAUUCAAGACCAAUUGUUUGAACCUGUAUUGUCAUUGGAAAAACAAAUAUACAUGGCCAAAGAGGGAUUAAAAUCCAAUUAUCAUCUUGGUCUUAGGAGCUAUCUGUGGGACAUUCUUGGGUGGCUUACAAUUCAUUGUGGAGAAAAUUUAAACCCUUAUACUCAUGGUAAUAAUCCUCAGCAAUUUUCUAGAGAGGUGACAAACAUUAGAGGCCAGUUAGUUAGCAAAUUUCAAGAGAUCUGCAAAAGUAACUCUUUCAGUCCUGGUGUGAGGUGGUAUGUUUCUUAUAUUCUAACUUAUUUCAGAUAUUACGGUUUCCCAAAUGAAUUAGCCGAAAGGAUUGGGAAAUCUCUCAAUAAGGAAGAAUACUCAGAUAUGAAUCUUGUCAUAGCAACUGGGGAAUCUCUGAGUGUUCAUAUUGUUAUUCUUGCUGUUCGAUGUCCGUCACUGCUGCCUCCUCGAUUGUUACCUUGUAGGAAGAAUUCUAAAGUGAUAACAGAUAAGUUUGUCAGAGAGUCCACAAGAGAAGUUCGAUUAUCUUCUUAUGUUGAUUAUGAAGCAUUGGUAUUGUUAUUGGAAUAUGUAUACCUGGGAUGCUUACAUGCCAGUGAAGAAACAGCAAGGAAGCUGAAAAUUCUUGCUAAGCACUGCAAUCUACAGCCUUUGUUUCAAAUGCUUCACAGGCAACGUCCAAAGUGGGGGACACCUUUCCCCAGCUUCAAUCUUACUUCAUCUCUUGAUUUGGCUGGAAGUUGUUAUUCGGAUGUCAUAUUGGAAGCUAAAUCAAAUGAACUUGUUGGGUGGGCAUGCAAUAUUUGUUCUGUUACAGUACCCCAUAAGCAUGUUCACAAAGUUAUAUUGCAGUCUGGCUGUGAUUAUCUACAAGGUUUGUUCCGGUCAGGGAUGCAAGAAAGUCAUUCGCAAGUCAUAAAAGUUGAUAUUAGCUGGGAAGCAUUGUGUAAACUAGUGCAGUGGUUUUAUUCUGAUGAGCUGCCUGAUCCUCCCUCUGGAUGCUUGUGGGAUAAUAUUGAUGAUGAAGAAAAGCUAUUUAAUCUACAACCAUAUGUGGAGCUUUAUUGGCUUGCUGAAUUCUGGCUUUUGGAAAAUAUUCAGGAAUCUUGCUGGAAUGUGAUUAUGUCUUGUCUUGAUGCUUCGUGGCAGUUAUCCAUUAAAAUAAUCAAAAUGGCUUAUAAUCUCUCUUUGUGGAAGUUGGUUGACAUAGCAGCAAAUCUCAUGGCUCCUUCAUAUUGUCAAUUACGAGAUUCUGGUGAACUAGAAGAGUUUGAUGAUGCGCUAGUGCACUUAAUUUAUUCUGCUUCUAUUCAACUUAACCAAGAAAGAAAAAAGUGCUUUAGGUGA